CAUUCUUAAAACCUUAAACAUCAGGGUGGGUAUAGUUGUAACUGAAAAACGCGGCGGCGGAGAAGCGGUGGUAAAGAAGUGAAUGGAGAGAUGGUUGGGAGUGGAGCACCGGAUUUCUUCUACAAAGAAGCUCAACGGCUCGGCUACGUGGCUCGGUCAGCCUUCAAAUUGGUUCAGAUACAAAAACAACACAAGUUAAUCAAGCCCGGUUCCUCCGUUCUCGACUUGGGGUGUGCUCCUGGUUCAUGGCUUCAAGUUGCUUGUCAGAGCUUGGGCCCACUCAACAACGGUGGCUCCGUUAUCGGCAUUGAUCAUAAGAAAGUUAAGGUCCCUCCUCUUCACUGUGAUUCCAGAGUUCAAACUAUUUCCGCUGAUGUCAUGACACUUCCCAAACACCUACUCAGAGAACUUUCUCCCAAGCAAAAAGGAUUUUCUGUCAUACUUUCAGACAUGUGUCCAUUGGUUUCUGGAAUCACUACUAAAGACGCGGCUUUGUCAUUUGAGUUAGGGAUGCGAGCGUUAGAUUUGGCUGUUGGCAGGGCUGCUUCUGUUUCUAAUUUGGAUGGUGAUAAUCAGGAUGAGGGGCGAUCUGAUGAACCAUCUGGUUCAGAUGACGCGGGAGUGUUGCAAGUUGGAGGCAAUCUUGUUAUCAAGCUUUUGGAGAGUGAAGAUGCCAAAGAAAUCAGCCAGAUUUGUAAACCAUUGUUUACAAAAUCGACGUGGCUGAGACCUAAAGCGACAAGACCUUCAUCGAGAGAGAUCUAUUUGAUAUGUCAAGGUUUAAAGCCAGAAAUAAAGAUAUAGGUUGUUUUAUGAGGUUUGGCGUGAGCCGAAUACAAAUUUUGAACACUGUUGUCACUGUUUCUGAACUUCAAUUCAAGCUUGUUUAUGGAUUUUAGCGCAACUUCUUAUACAGGUAUCGCCUUUUCAUAUUUGUAGUUUUUUCCUUGUUAUGGUGCUGCGCUUAAAUUUGUUAGGCGGAAAUUUUGGAUCUUUUUAGACAGGGAUAGUUAAUUUGUUAGGCGUGGAAUGCUGAGUAAAUUUGUGGAAUGUGGAUAUGCACUUCUAUGCCGCUUGAUCUGAUUGUCGUCUUAGGAUUCGAUUAUCUCAAAAUAUGAAAUUUGAAUAGUUGGUUCUUUGUGUGCGCGAUGAGUUCAGUUUCAUUGAGUGUCAUUUGCUUCAUUGGAACAAGCUAAAAUGUAAUCUUUGUAACAAGCUUCUAAAGAGUAAAAACCAAGGUAAAAAUCAGAAUUUUGACACCCAUCUUAGCUUACAGUGCAGUACUCCCAACUCAUCAUUUAUAAUGUAUUUCAGUUUAAUUAAAUUAGUGAUGAUAUUGUUUAUUUUA